AGCUACGUGGAUACGAUCGAUGGGUCGUAGUCGUUUCUGUAAUUCGCUUCAGUGUUAGCUUCGUUAAAAGUUCAUCAUCAUGGCAUCGUCUCUGCGGAGGAAGAGGGUUUCCAUAGUAUCGCUCUCGGAGAGGAUGAAAGUUCCACCGAAUAAACCAAAAGCGUGGUACGGAUGUAGACACAGUCAGGUGGUGCUCAUGUGCCUGGGGUUCUUCUGCUGCUAUGCCAUCCGGGUGACGACGUCAGUAACCUUGGAGGCGAUGACCAACGCGGCCAGUGCCAAUCCCAAUUUCGAGGAAUUCUAUUGGGACGAACCGGUGAAGCACUUGAUCCUCAGCUCCUUCUUCUGGGGCUACACCUGCACGCAAAUACCCGCCAGCAUCCUCACCCAGCGAUGGUCCGCCCAGGGUUUGUUUUCGGCCACCCUAAUCAUCUCCGGAUUGCUGACUAUCGGCACCCCCUUAGCCGCCUACUACGGCGGCUGGCAGACGGUGAUCGCCAGCAGGGUGAUGUGCGGCCUCGUCCAGGGCGCCGUUCUACCGUGUCUCCACACCCUGCUGUCCAGAUGGUCGCCGCCCGAGGAGCGUGGCAGACUUUCAAUGUUCGUUUAUUCCGGCGGCUGGAUUGGCAACGUGGUAUGCUUACUGAGUACCGGCUUCCUCGCGGCAUCGUCCUUCGGCUGGCCCAGCUGCUUUUACGUUUGGGGAAGCCUCGGCGUCAUCUGCGGCAUUUGUUUCUGCCUGUUCGGCAAGGACUCACCCUCCGAACAUCCCAGGAUACCUCUCGACGAAAAGGAAUACAUCGAGAUGAGUCUGGGAGUAACUGAGAUCAACGAAAAACCCUCCACUCCGUGGAAGUCCAUAUUACGGAGCCUGCCGGUCUGGACAUUGCUAGUGGUGCAGUGCGCGCAAUCCUGGGGCUUCUGGAUGCUGCUGACGGAAAUCCCGUCCUACAUGACUUCGAUCAUGCGCUUCAAUAUCAAGCAGAAUGGUAUGAUGACGGCUUUGCCCUACCUGACGGCGUGGCUCGCCGGCUUUCCGAUCAGCUACAUAUCCGAUAUGUGCAUCAGAAAGAAAAUCGUGACGACGACGAUGUCCCGGAAGAUCUGCAAUACAAUCGGCCACUGGAUGCCGGCGGCCGCGCUGGUCGGGCUGGGUUACGUGGGGCAGGACCAGCCGAAACUGGCCGUGGGGAUCCUCGUCAUCGCCGUGUCCUGCAACAUCGCCGCCUUCUGCGGCCACAACGUCAAUCACAUGGACCUCAGCCCGAACUUCGCCGGCCCGCUCAUGGGAUUCACGAAUACCAUUGCGUCCGCCUGCGGCAUCCUCCCGCCGCUGAUCGCCGGGGUCAUCAUCAAGGAUUCGACUAACAUACUGCAAUGGCGAAGCGUGUUCUUCCUGUCGGCCGGAAUAUAUAUGGUGGGCAACCUAAUCUUCAUCCUAUUCGGCACCAGCGAGGUGCAAAAGUGGAACGAUCCGGUCAAGAGCAGACGGGACAGCGUCGUGCGGAAGGUUUCGAUGGCGCCGGUGACCAUCACGACAAUACAGGAAAAGGAGAGCGAGAGAAUCCCAUGACGAUCGAGAUAGAAAAAAAACGUUACAAUGCGUGACAACACUUUGUUUCCUAUUUUUAUAUUUUAUUUUUCAAAUUAUUGUGUUUAUCUGUGUGGAUGUGUGAUUUGCAUGUGGUAACUUUUGAAUGACUUAGACUACUUAGACUAUUAACGUCAUCUUAACGAAAUCGUGUAUAAAAUACAUAUUAAAGCCUUGACUAGAAGCUGCGUGUAAAUAUCGCGCUCGAAUACGUACGUGUAGGAAAUGCCGGAAAUCCUUUUAUCUAAUUCACCCUCAAGAGUGUAAACGGGGAAAUUGAUUCCGUCCUGUAAUUAAUUUAAAUUCUGGCCUCUGCGCGGUCCACGGAAAUAUCGCAACUUGUGUUAAAAAGAACUUAGAAUCUAACUUAAUUUAAAUAAAUUCGCAUUUCACGUAA